ACUUUUCGGAACUAAACAAGGCCUUACAAGGCAAGUCGGUUCAUCGAUCUCACCGACCUAAACAUCCUUGCCUGCCACGAAACCUCAGCCCCAUAUAUUCGCCUCGUCCCUGUCCCUGUCUCCUCACCACAAGCCCUCGUCGAGACCAAAACAUCCACAGGGCUCAAACCCAAAGCCCUCCUCAGCCCGCAGUACCCGUACACCACCUCACGAAGGUGUCAGUCACUCAGUUCCGAGCUCUGCGGCCCAAGCUCAAGCCCAUCGAGUGACGCCCCAAGGCCCAGAUCCUCCGAUGGCAAUCGCCGUAGGCACCGCCGCCGACGCGUCCUACACCCUCGUGGGCCCACCCGAGGCCCGCCAGCGCCACGCCGGGGCCCGGUCCGAGGCGGCGCCGACGGGGGAGGACUUCCCGGACCUGAUGGACACCUGCUUCAACAAGCCCACCGCGCCGGUGCCAGCGGCGGCGGUGGGGCCGGGCGGGAAGGCGCUCACGGAGAACCUCUCCCCGACGUUCAUCUCCUCGGGCGACCCCUGCCUCGACUUCUUCUUCCACGUGGUGCCCGGCACGCCGGCAGCCUCCGUGGAGUCGCUCCUGGGCGCGGCCUGGGCGGCCGACCCGACCACCGCGCUCUGCCUCGUCGCCAACCUCCGCGGCGUGCGCGGGAGCGGCAAGUCCGACCGCGAGGGGUUCUACGCCGCCGCGCUCUGGCUCCACGCGCGCCACCCGCGCACGCUCGCACUCAACGCCGCCCCCAUCGCCGACUUCGGCUACCUCAAGGACCUCCCCGAGCUGCUCCACCGCAUCGUCCACGGCGGGGUGUCCACCAGGACACCAGGCAAGAAGGCGCGCCUCGCCGCCGAGGGAGGAGGAUUCGUCGGCGGCCGGGGCCGGGGACGGGGACGCCGCUUCUUCGGCAGCCGUACGCCCCGCACCCGCGUGGAACGAGAAAAUUCCGCGCGCGUCGGCUCAACGGAGGAGCGGGUCGCGGCCAGCCUCGAGCACGACCGGGGACUCGCGGCCGCGGCCGCGGUGGCGCGCCGGACCAGGAGAGCGGAGGCCGCUGCGAGGGCGGUCGAGAUGUACAGCAACGACCCCACCUACCGCUUCCUGCACGACCGCACGGCCGACCUCUUCGCGGGGCUCAUCGCGGAGGACAUGCGCAAGCUCGCCGACGGCAAGCUCCGGGAGUUCUCGCUCGCCGCCAAGUGGUGCCCGUCGCUGGACUCCUCGUACGACCGCUCCACGCUGCUCUGCGAGGCCGUCGCGCGGCGCCUCUUCCCCAAGGGCUCCGCGCCCGAGCUCGCCGCGGACCUCGCGGACGAGCACUACGCGUACCGCGCGCGCGAGCGGCUCCGCAGGGUGGCGCUCGUGCCGCUCCGCCGCGCGCUCAAGCUCCCCGAGGUCUUCAUCUCGGCGCGCGCGUGGGAGUCGGUCGCGUACACGCGCGUCGCCUCCGUGGCCAUGAAGAACUACAAGGACCUCUUCCUCAAGCACGACGCCGACCGCUUCAGCGCCUACCUCGCCGACGUCAAGUCCGGCAAGAAGCGGAUCGCCGCGGGCGCGCUGCUGCCGCACGAGAUCAUCGCCUCCCUCGGCGACGGCGACGAAGGCGGCGUGGCCGACCUGCAGUGGCAGCGCAUGGUCGACGACAUGCGCGCGCUCGGCAAGCUGAGCAACUGCGUCGCCGUGUGCGACGUGUCCGGGAGCAUGACCGGCCUUCCCAUGGACGUGUGCGUGGCCUUGGGCCUCCUCGUGUCCGAGCUCAGCGACGACCCCUGGCGCGGCCGCGUGAUCACCUUCAGCGAGCAUCCCGAGCUCCACAAGAUCGCCGGAGAGACCCUCUCCGAGAAGACAAGCUUCGUCCAAACCAUGGACUGGGGCAUGAACACCAACUUCCAGGCGGUGUUCGACAAGAUCCUCGAGGUGGCCGUGGGCGCCAGGCUCGCGCCGGAGCGGAUGGUGAGGCGCGUGUUCGUGUUCAGCGACAUGGAGUUCGACCAGGCGUCGGCGAAUCCGUGGGAGACGGACUACGAGGCGAUCGUGCGCAAGUUCACGGAGGCCGGGUACGGCGCGGCCGUGCCGGAGGUGGUGUUCUGGAACCUGAGGGACUCCAAGGCCGUGCCGGUGGAGGCCGGCCAGAAGGGGGUGGCGCUCGUCAGCGGCUUCUCCAAGAACCUGCUCAAGCUGUUCCUCGACGGCGGCGGCAUCGUCAGCCCCAGGGCUGUCAUGGAGAAGGCCAUCGCCGGGCCGGAGUACGGCAAGCUGGCCGUCUUCGACUGAAGCCGAAGAAGCACACCAUGAGAUGGCAAUGCAUUACACAUCAAAGAGAUGAGCGAGAGAGAAUGCAGCAUUUUCCCUUAUUAAGCUUCUUUUUUUUUUUUGCUUGAUCGAUAACUCGAGUCUGGGGAAGUUUGUAAAUAAACAAAUAAACAAAGUUUGCUGUGCUUUCUUGAGCUUGUUGCAUUGCAUUUGCAUCACAUUGCUGAGUUGCAUGCCAGCUUCUUGUUAAUGCAAGUAUAGUUAACCGAA